AUGCCAACGGAGCUGGAAGAGCUCGUCGAGUUCCUUCAUCAUGGCAACACAGAAAUCCGGACGAUAGCUGCUGAGAAUCUGGUCGGCUACACCACAGCACGACCAUCGCUGUUCAAAAGAAAUCAACUGGAACCGGUCAAGGACUUGAAGCUGUUGGUGCGAGACUAUGCGCCCAUUGCGAAGAAUGCCUUGACGAUGCUCGUCAAUCUGUCCGAAGAUCAAGAAAUUCUCAAGAACCUUGCCGACGAUGGUGACUUCCUGGAGGCCUUACUCAAGAAGGUGACAGACGCAAACGAGCCCAACGCAGAUGAGACCUGCAUGCUCCUCGCCAACCUCGCCAAGUCCUCCAACAUCACAAAACUGUUGACUCUGAAGCGAGAGGUCCCCAAAGCCUUGUCGACAUCACCGAUAGCAAUCGACCAGCUCCUCGAUUGCUUCGUAGCCGGGACGAAUAAGAAUGCAACGUACGACUACCUCUCCUAUCUCUUCGCGGAUCUCGUCAAAGAAGACUCUGGCCGGGAAUACUUCCUGGCAUCCCGGAAGGAAGACAAGGACAUCGUGCCCCUGACAAAACUGAUCGUCUUCACUGAACACAAAUCCACCAUCCGGCGACGAGGUGUGGCGAACACGAUCAAGAACUGCACUUUCAGCGUCUCAUCACAUUCGCGACUCCUACUCGACCAGACCGAGACUGGUGUAGGACUCCUACCUUACAUUCUCCUGCCCCUGAUGGGUUCAGAAGAGUACAGCGACGAAGACACAGAAGGCAUGCCAGACGAAUGUCAACUGCUCGACCCAGACAAAGAAAGGGAGAAGCAGAAUGAUAUCAUCUGUACACUUCUCGAUACCCUACUCCUCCUGACUACGGCAAGGGAGAGUCGAGAUCAUUUGAGGAAGGUGAAGGUAUAUCCCAUUGUUAGAGAACUGCACUUACAGGUUGAGGAUGAGGACGUGAGGGAGAGUUGUGAUCGGUUGGUGCAGGUACUCAUGAGAGACGAAGAGGGAGCGGGCAAGGAGGUGGAGGUGCCGAAGAUUCAAGAGGUCGAGGAGGAUGAGGAUGAUCAGAUUGUGGAGGUGCUGUAA